UUUUUAAAAACAACAGCCUGUCAGCUGGUUGCGUGAUGACUAUUGUUUUUAAAAAUAAAAAUUGUAUAAAAAAUGGAAGUUCUUAAUUCUACUAAACACUGCUUCAAGAUUUUGCAGGUUCUGCGACCGGGGAUUACUACUUUUGGUAUUCCAACUCUUUGGCAAACGCAACAGAUUCGUCAUCGCCAAACCAAGCAUUGGAAUCCUAAAUUCAAGCGAUUGCGUAAAUUGAAGUUCAUCAAAAUUGAUUUACCUAAUUUAAAUGAGAAAGCUUCGGAUUUGCCAAAGCAUGAGCUAAAGAAAAGACUAAAGGAACGUGGUGUCUUGCCGCCCCGGCCUUGGUUAGAGCGACCUUUUCACAUAAGCUGCACGGGAGGUAUAUUUGAAGCAUAUGUGCCCCCGGAAGGCGAUGGAAAAAGGUCCAUAAUUUCUGCGGCUGGGGCUAAGCAGAAAUUUGAGUUUCUUGAAAAGAAAUCGAAAAGUAUGUUGGCCGUACGUAAAAUACGCAAUUACGAGGAAGAUUUUAGUACUGACGAUUUUGCCGCAGCAGCUCAGGACGUUUACAUAGGAGCUCAUCAAAAAAUGGCUUUGAAGGAUAAGCACAAAUUACGGGAAUUGGUUACCGAACGUUGUUAUCCCGAAAUUAUGCAUAAUGUUCGAGAUAAAACAAUUCACUGGAGUUUUUUAAAAUCUUUGGAACCCCCUUAUGUCGUUCAUGCACGUGUGACUGAUGUAAUAUCGAAAGAAAAUUUGUUCGCUCAAAUUACAGUACGUUUUCAUACGCAGCAAUUAUUGGCCAUAUAUGAUCGUUUUGGGCGCUUAAUGCACGGCAGUGAAAUUGUUGCUAAGGAUGUUCUGGAAUACGCGGUUUUUGAGAAACAUAUUUCCAAUGAGUAUGGAAAAUGGCGUUUACAUGAUAAAAUCAUACCCGAUUGGUUACCACCUAAAGAACCUUCAAUUGCUACCUAUCGAUUGGUAGAGGAAUCUGGUGAAGUGACACUGCAGCCCACUGAAUUGAAAGAAGUCAAUGAAGAAGCCCAUCCAAAAUUAGAAACUGAAGAGGAAAAGGACAGACCUCAAAUCACCGCAUCCACAGGUCCAGAUUCUUUAACGAAACCGAACAAAGCGGCUAUUUGAUUAUAUUACUUAUUAUUGGGGUGGCGCAUCAAACGCUUGUGUUCAGUACAAGCAUAAUACAUUUAUUCAUUCAAAUAAUCUUAUGCCUUUUGUAA